AUGGCGUCACGCACUUUGUUAUUACGUCAUAUCAUUCCUACAACUUAUCAACAUUUAUUUUGUGUACGGCAACAAGCUACUGACAUAUCAUUAAUUCAACACCAACUUCGACGUUGUCUAGCACAAGCUGUUCAGAUUGAAAAAAAGGUUUUUAAACGAGAUAAACCACACGUUAAUAUUGGCACAAUUGGACAUGUUGACCACGGAAAAACAACUUUAACAGCGGCUAUUACACAAGAUAAUGCGCCAGAAGAAAAGAAACGUGGAAUAACGAUAAAUGCUGCACAUGUUGAAUAUUCAACAUCAUCGAGGCAUUAUGGACAUGUUGAUUGCCCAGGUCAUGCCGAUUAUAUUAAAAACAUGAUAACUGGUUCAUCGCAAAUGGAUGGUGCGAUUCUCGUUGUUGCCGCAACAGAUGGUGUAAUGCCUCAGACACGUGAACAUUUAUUAUUAGCAAAACAGAUUGGUAUUAAUCAUAUUGUUGUAUUUAUGAAUAAAGCCGAUGCUGCUGAUAAAGAAAUGCUUGAAUUAGUUGAAUUAGAAUUACGUGAAUUAUUAACACAAAUUGGUUUUGAUGGUGAAAAAACACCAAUUAUUAGCGGUUCUGCGUUGUAUGCAUUAGAUGUAAAUAGAAAUAAUAAUCGUGAUCCAAAACUGGGAAAAGAAUCAAUUCUGAAAUUACUUGAGGCCGUUGAUGCGUAUAUUCCUGUUCCUCCUCGUGCAAGUGAUCAACCAUUUUUACUUCCUGUUGAACAUAUUUAUUCAAUACCAAACAAAGGAACGAUUGUAACAGGACGCGUUGAACGAGGUGUAGCUAAAAAAGGAGACCAAAUUGAAAUACUUGGUCAUAAUAAACAAGUGAAAGGAAUUGUCGGAGGUCUUGAAAUGUUUCAUCAAACAAUCGAUACAGCACAGCCUGGUGAUCAAUUAGGUAUAAUGUUAAAAAAUGUGAAAAAAGAAGAUGUAAGACGUGGUGUGUUUGUUGCGAAGCCGGGAACACUUAAAAUGCAUAAUAAAUUUGAUUCUCAAGUUUAUUUUUUAACAAAGGAAGAAGGUGGAAGAGAAGAAAGUAUUCCAAAAGAAUACUCAUUGACAAUGUACUGUAGAACAUUUGAUAUUGGUGUAAAAGGAAUAGCACCAGAAGGCAGGGAAAUGAUUAUGCCAGGUGAAGAUCUUCCUUUAACAAUGUACAGUAGUAAACGAAUGGUAUUCGAAAAAGGUUCUCGAUUUACUCUACGUGAUACAGAAAAUAAGACAGUUGGCACUGGUGUUGUAACUCACAUUCAUCCAGAACCACCACCAGAAGAAAUAAAAAAGUUCUGGAAACGAGCAGCUUAA